AUGGGCAGAACACGAGGCAAAGAGAGAAAGAGGGAGCCGGAGAACGGACAGAAUCAGAGUGCUGAAGGAAUUUGCGUGAAUUUCAAGGUUCGACAGUCUCCCUUCACAGGCAGUGUAACCGGUUUCAAUAUGAAUAAGAAUCCGGUAAAUGAUCCCACCUAUGACAACAUGGGGUUUCAGCAUGAGGAAGGGAGACCACAUUCAAAUGCCCCACAACAGGGUAUAUACCCUUUCCUCCCACAGGAGACCCGCAGCUAUGUUGCUGUCAGUCCCGAAACCAUCAAUACCCACCACACUACGACACCUGGAACACCACAUAACAUAGGACAAAGGAAAGGAAUAAAGAAAUGUCAGUGGAAAUAUAUACUGUGUGCAUCUCUGUGUGUGCUUCUCAUCCUGGCGAUGGCCAGCCUCUUGCUCUGGUACUUCUUAUACUACCAGUGUUUACUGGGGAAGUCGUGUAGAAGUGGUGGGAAGUGUUUAAGCUCGUCCCAGUGGUGCGAUGGUGUACAGGACUGUUCUCACGGAGAGGAUGAAUCUCAGUGCUUUCGCCUCCACGGGAGCAACUUCCUGCUGGAAACCUACUCAUCUGAUAGCCAGACGUGGAUGCCGGUGUGUGCUGAAAACUGGGACAACAACUAUGGGAGAGCUGUGUGUGAGCACAUAGGGUACAAGAGACAGGAUUAUGUGUCCUACACCCAAACCAGUGCAGGUUCUUUGGCCUCCAGGGGAUACAUGAAGCUGAAGGCUGAAAGUAGCCAUGGAUCACGUAUACAGUCACAGCUCACUUACAGCCAAAGUUGCUCAGCCAGAGCAGUCAAACUUCAUUGUAUUGAAUGUGGAGUGAGUUCAGCAGCCCCCAGUGCUCGUAUUGUGGGUGGUACGGCGGCAGUAAAAGGGGCCUGGCCGUGGCAGGUCAGUCUCCAGAUUCAGUAUCAACACACAUGUGGAGGCUCCAUUAUCAGCCCUUACUGGAUCCUAUCUGCUGCACACUGCUUUGAAACGCACUCACAUCCUGGACUCUGGAGGGUGUACUAUGGUGAUGUGAGCUUGUUUCAGAUGAGCUUGGGCUCCGGCAAAACAGUUAGCAAAAUUAUCAGUCAUGACAAAUUCGACAAACGCACUAAUGACCAUGACAUUGCUCUCCUAAAGCUCGAUACACCUCUGACAUUUACAAGAACAGUGAAGCCUGUGUGCCUCCCCAACAUUGGCUUGGGCCUCUCUGCUGGACAUCAAGCAUGGAUCACAGGAUGGGGAGCCUUGCGCUCAUCUGGACCAUCCCCUGACAUACUAAAUCAGGCCCAGGUGACCGUUUACAGCAGAGAGAUCUGUAACAGACCUGAGGUGUUAAAUGGAGAAAUCAGUGAGACCAUGAUCUGUGCCGGAAAACUGCAGGGAGGAGUCGACGCAUGUCAAGGCGACAGUGGAGGGCCCCUGGUGGUCAAGGAGGGAGAUGUAUGGUGGCUGGCAGGGGACACUAGCUGGGGAAUUGGAUGUGCUUUGAGGAACAAGCCAGGAGUCUACGGCAAUGUUACCUACUUUAUCCACUGGGUAUAUGAACAAAUGCAGAACGAGUGACAGAGUUCUCCGUAAACCUUAACUCAAAACUCCGUCACUAAUCAGCAGUACUUACUUUAUCACACACUUUGCACUUUGAAUCUGAAGCUCUGAGGAAACGUAAU